UACAUUUCUGUCUCUCUCUCUCUCUCUUGAAAAACCCAAAAUCCUUGUUUGUGUUUUGGACACUCACUUCUCACAGUGGGGAGGACCCAAAGCAAUAGUCACUCACCAUUUUCAAGUUUCUUCUCUACUCAAUUCCCCUUGUUCAUGCAAAACCCAUUUCUCUCCCUCUGAUUUCAGAGAGAAUCUAAAGAAAGGUUGAGAGAAAUGGAGGAAGCGUCUUGUUCACCGGUUUUAGAUGGGGAGUUGGUUGGAAUUAAAUUUGGUUUGGCAACUCAUCAUGAAAUUUGUACAGCAUCGAUGAUGGGAUGCUCUAUUAGCCAUGCCAGUCAGCUUUCCAACCCGUUUCUUGGCCUUCCUCUCGAGUUUGGGAAGUGUGAAUCUUGUGGCACUUCCGAACCUGGAAAGUGCGAAGGGCAUUUUGGAUAUAUCGACUUACCAUUACCGAUAUAUCAUCCUAACCACGUCAGUGAGCUGAAGCGCUUGCUGGGUUUUUUGUGCCUGAAGUGCUUAAAAAUGAAAAAGAACAAGGUCCCAAGCAAGAGUGCUGGUUUGGCCGAAAGAUUGUUAUCUGUAUGUUGUGAGGAUGCUUCACAAGUUUCUAUCGCAGAGAUUAAACCUACAGAUGGGGCUUGCUCCUUGCAAUUGAAACUACCUUCUAAUAAAAAACCACCGCCUGGUUUUUGGAAUUUCCUCGAAAGAUAUGGUUUUCGUUAUGGUGAUGGCGUGAAACGCACUUUGCUGCCUAGAGAGGUGAUGCAGAUUCUCAAAAGAAUCCCUGAAGACACCAGAAGAAAACUGGCUGCUAAAGGCUAUAAUCCUCAAGACGGAUACAUCUUGAAUCAUAUACCUGUCCCUCCUAAUUGCUUGUCUGUGCCUGAAAUAUCUGAUGGUGUUACUGUUAUGUCUGCGGAUCCUUCAAUAUCAAUGCUCAAAAAAGUUCUAAGGCAAGUUGAAAUGAUCACUAGUUCAAGGUCUGGUACAGCAAAUUUUGAAUCUGAAAUUGUUGAGGCGAAUGAGUUACAAGCAAUUGUUGAUCAGUAUCUUCAAGUUAGGGGUACUGGAAAGGCAUCCCGAGAUAUUGAUGCAAGAUUUGGAGUGACCAAGGAGCUCAAUGAUUCUUCAACAAAAGCAUGGCUUGAAAAGAUGAGGACAUUGUUCAUCAGAAAGGGUUCAGGUUUCUCUUCCCGCACAGUAAUUACUGGGGAUGCAUAUAGAAGGGUGAAUGAAGUUGGUAUCCCAUAUGAAAUUGCUCAAAGAAUAACAUUCGAGGAGAAGGUCAAUGUACAUAAUAUUAGGCGUCUGCAAGAGCUGGUAGAUAGCAAGUUAUGCCUAACCUACAGCGAUGGUUCAUCAACUUACUCUUUAAGGGAAGGUUCAAAGGGGCACACAUUUCUGAGGCCUGGUCAAGUGGUGCAUAGGAGGAUAAUGGAUGGGGAUCUUGUUUUCGUAAAUAGGCCUCCAACUACCCAUAAACAUUCGCUUCAAGCACUUCAAGUUUACGUCCAUGAUGACCAUGUGGUCAAGAUUAAUCCUCUAAUAUGUGGACCACUAAGUGCUGACUUUGAUGGAGACUGCAUUCAUUUGUUCUAUCCCCAGUCACUUGCGGCAAAGGCAGAAGUUAUGGAGCUUUUUUCAGUGGAGAAACAGCUGCUUAGUUCUCACAGUGGCAAGCCCAAUUUGCAACUGGCCACCGAUUCACUUUUGUCAUUAAAAAUGAUGUUUAAGAAAUAUUUUUUCGACAAAGCAGCAGCGCAGCAAUUGGCCAUGUUUGUUUCAUCUUCAUUGCCACAACCAGCUUUAUUGAAAGCUAAUUCUGCAGUUCCAUAUUGGACUGCUUUGCAGAUAUUGCAGACUGCAUUGCCCGCUCAUUUUGAGUGCUCUGGAGACAGGCACUUGGUCAGUGCUAGUGAGGUCCUCAAACUUGAUUGUAAUACAAGUCUUAUACCAGCUCUUAUCAAUGACAUUGGUACCUCUAUCUUCUUCGAGAAAAGUGCUGAAGAUGUUCUCAAUUUCUUUAAUUCUAUGCAGCCAUUGCUGAUGGAGAAUUUAUUUUCAGAAGGGUUUAGUGUAGGUUUGGAGGAUUUUGCCAUGUCUAGGGAGUCCAUACAGGAGAUUCGAAAGGGACUUAAAAUCAUUUCUCCUUUGCUGUAUCAUAUGAGGACAACAUAUAAUGAGCUUGUUGAGUUGCAACUGGAGAAUCACAUUCGAACGGUGAAACAACCAGUUUCGAAUUUUAUAACAAAUUCAUCGGCAUUGGGUGAUUUAAUUGACUCUAAGAGUGAUUCAGCCAUGAACAAAGUAACUCAACAAGUUGGGUUCCUUGGCCGGCAACUUUAUGACCAGGGGAAACUCUACUCAAAAACAUUGGUUGAGGAUGUGAGCUCUCUGUAUCAGAGCAAGUAUCCAUCUGACAUCGUGGAUUAUCCCUCUGCAGAAUUCGGAUUAGUUCAUAGUGGUUUUGUUCACGGGUUGGAUCCUGUUGAGGGAAUGAUUCAUUCCAUUGCUACAAGGGAAGUAAUUGUUCGGUCCUCAAGAGGGUUGUCUGAACCUGGGACUCUAUUCAAAAAUCUAAUGGCUACUCUCCGAGAUGUUGUCAUUUGCUAUGAUGGCACAGUGAGGAAUGUGUGCAGUAAUUCUAUAAUUCAGUUCGAGUAUGGAGUAAAGAGCGGAUCUAGUCCACAAAAUUUGUUCCCUGCCGGUGAACCUGUGGGUGUGUUAGCUGCAACAGCAAUGUCAAAUCCAGCAUACAAGGCAGUUCUUGAUUCUACCCCAAGCAGCAACUCUUCAUGGGAUCUGAUGAAGGAAAUACUGCUCUGCAAAGUCAGUUUCAAGAACGAGCUCAUUGAUCGUCGUGUAAUCUUGUAUCUGAAUGACUGUGGUUGCGGAAGAAACUACUGCAGAGAACAUGCGGCAUAUUUGGUCAAGAAUCAGUUGAAAAAAGUCAGCCUUAAAGAUACUGCAGUAGAGUUUAUGAUUGAAUAUCAAAAUCAGCGAGCUGCGGGAAGCAUGGAAAUUGACUCUGGCCUUGUAGGUCAUGUUCAUUUGAAUGAGAUGCUGUUACGGGAGUUAAAUCUGGGAAUGUAUGAGAUCCUUCAAAAAUGCGAAGAAACUAUCAAUUCAUUUCGGAGAAAGAAGGUUGGGAAGAAGAUGAACAUCGGUGACAUUUUUAAAAGGACAGUUUUAUCGUACAGUGACUGUUGUUCUUUUCAUCAAUCCUCUGCUGACAAUAGAUCUGGAUCUCCUUGCUUGAUGUUCUUCUACCAAGAUUUUAAUAAUUCAGAGUUGGAGGCCAUUUCACAAAUCUUGGCUGACUUUAUUUGCCCAGUUCUUCUAAAAACAGUAAUUAAAGGUGAUCCUCGAAUUUCGUCGGCGAACAUAAUUUGGAUCAACUCAGAAUCAACAACUUGGAUAAGAAGCCCAAAUAAAUCUCUGAAGGGUGAAUUGGCUUUGGAUGUUGUUCUGGAGAAGUCGGUUGUUAAACAAAGUGGUGAUGCAUGGAGAAUAGCCCUUGAUUGUUGCCUUCCAGUGCUUCAUGUGAUUGACACCAGGCGUUCCAUUCCAUAUGCCAUCAAACAAGUGCAGGAAUUGUUGGGGGUUUCUUGUGCUUUUGAUCAAGCAGUUCAGCGCCUCGCGACAGCUGUUGCAAUGGUGGCUAAAGGUGUUCUCAAAGAGCAUCUUAUUCUCUUGGCAAACAGUAUGACAUGCGCUGGAAAUUUCGUUGGUUUCAAUCCUGGUGGUUAUAAAGCACUAUCUCGCGCAUUGAAUAUACAAGUACCCUUUACAGAAGCAACAUUGUUUACACCAAAAAAGUGUUUUGAGAGAGCAGCUGAAAAGUGUCAUAUGGAUUCUUUGUCGAGCAUAGUUGCAUCAUGUUCCUGGGGUAAACAUGUAGCUGUUGGUACUGGCUCCAGAUUCGAAAUCCUCUGGGACACAAGAGAGGGAGGUUUGAACGAAGAGGGUGGGAUAGAUGUUUUCAACUUUCUACAUAUGGUGAAUGCUGCAAAUGGAGAAGAAUCAACUACUGCAGCUUUGGGAGCAGAAAUUGAUGAUCUUGUGCCGGAAUAUGAAAAUGGAGAUGUGUCCUUGUCACCAGAACAUAACUGUACUUCUGAUAAGCCAGUGUUUGAAGAUAUUGUUGAAUUCCCGGAUAGUUUCGAAAAUGUUCCUGGAAAAUCAAGCUGGGAUUCAUCUCUCAACACCGCUUCUUCUGGUGGGAAAGACUGGGGGGCAGUUAAAGUUGGAAGACAAGAUAGCAUUUCAGCAGAAACCCAAGUGGAUAGCACAUCUGCAUGGGGGGCCAAGGCUAAUACAGAAGAUGCCCCAUCUGCAUGGGGAACAGCCAAGACUGCUACUAAAGAAGAUGCCCCAUCUGCAUGGGGGACCAAGACUCGUACAGAAGAUGCAUGGGGGGCCAAGGCUAGUACAGAAGAUGCCCCAUCUGCAUGGGGAACAGCCAAGACUGCUACUAAAGAAGAUGCCCCAUCUGCAUGGGGGACCAAGACUCGUACAGAAGAUGCCCCAUCUGCAUGGGGGACCAAGACUAGUACAGAAGAUGCCCCAUCUGCAUGGGGAACAGCCAAGACUGCUACAUCUCCAUGGGAGACCAACACUGGUAGAGAAGAUUCCACAUCGGGCUGGGGGACAAGUACUGCCAGAGAAGAUGCCACGACGGCAUGGGGGAAAAGCAAUGAAAAGAAACAUGUUGAGGAUUCCAAGGCUAGAGAAGAUGCCACAUCUUGCUGGGGGACAGAAAAUCCACAAUCUACAUGGAGGACAGAAAGCGAGAAUGGUUGGUCUGGUGGUGGGGUGAGUAAAGCUGAAUCAACAGAUGUCCAGUCCAAGAAAGCACAAGAAGAUUCUACAUCCAAUGGUUGGAAUGCCUUUUCUGCUGGGCCAACAAAACCCCAAAAGGAGAAUGCUGGGUCUGGAUGGUGCAUGAAAGGUUUUGAGAAGAAAGAUGGUAAUGAGUUGGAACAAGAUAAGUCUACUGCCUGUCAUUCUUGGGGGCAGCAAAAGCCCGCUGGUACUUCAGAAGGUGCUUGGGGUCAGGAAAAGCCUGCCGAUACUUCUCAGGGCAGUUGGGGACGGCAAAAGUCUCCUGAGAUAUCUAAAGGCGCUUGGGGGGAGCAAAACCCUGCUGAUGCUAAUUCUCAUGGCAGUUGGGGACGGCAAAAGUCUCCUGAUAUUUCUGAAGGCGCAUGGGGGCAGCAAAAGCCUGAUACAACUUCUCACGGCUCUUGGGGACAGCAAAAGACUCCUGAAAUGUCUCAGGGCACUUGGGGAAGGCAAAAGUCUCCUGAUAUUUCUCAAGGCACAUGGGGGCAACAGAAGCCUUCUGAUACUUCUCAACCUGCAACUGUGAAUCAAUGGGAUUCUCCAAGUGCAGGAGAUGGAAGUGCCGGUGAAAGACAGCAACAAUGGGGUCAUAAUGGAGAUGCGAACAAGAAAAGACGUUUUGAAGGUGGCAGGAGUUGGGGUCCAAAUGCUGGGGAGUGGAAGAGUAAGAACAGUCGCCCUGCUAAUGCUGAUUCUAGUGUGGCUGCACUAUAUACCGCAACGAGACAAAGAUUGGAUAUUUUCACUUCUGAGGAGCAACAUGUUCUUUCCCAUAUUGAGCCGAUUAUGCUGUCUAUUCGAAGAAUAAUGCAUCAAUCUGGCUACAACGAUGGAGAUCGGUUGUCAGAUGAGGAUCAAUCAUACAUACUUGAAAAUGUGUUCACACACCACCCAGAUAAAGAUGUUAAGAUGGGUUCUGGAAUUGACUAUUUUACAGUUGAUAGGCAUGGAAGUUUUCAAGAAAGCCGAUGCCUUUUCGUCAUAUCAACUGAUGGUCGCAAGGAGGACUUUUCCUACAGAAAAUGCCUGCAAAAUAUGAUAAAGGGAAAGUAUCCUGAGCUAGCUGAAGCAUUCAAUGACAAGUACUUCAGCAAACCUCGGCGGAAUCCCAUGUUCGGUCAGACCCCUCCAGAGAGAACUGGGAAUGAGGAGACACAGUAGGCCAUUGUCUCCUUGGUGGGCAUGCCUUUUUUGAGAUUUUCUCUGAUGUAAUUAGGUUCAAACAGUGAUCUACCUUUUUGAUUUGUAAAUAUUAGGCAGUUGGUAUCAGCUCCCGACAAAAUCAGUUUCAUUGUCUCUAUCAGAGCAUUUUUGUUGUUGGUAGCUAGUAUCCCCAUGUAGCUGAACCCUAAAUAUGGAGAAGCAAGAUGCUCAUUUAUCUUGCACUUACAAAUCAAUUAGAGAGGAAGUCUGAUCGAUAUUGUCCAAUCCAGCGUCUGCCUAUUCUCUAAAUAAGUUUCAGAAUUAAAGUUUUGCUGUUAAUCUAAUUAUGUUCAAUUAUGUUUUUGUCCA